AUGGAUUUCACACUGAAAGACUCUUCACCAUCAUAUUCAAUGGUUAAACAGUGGGUUUCUGAAUUUAAGAAAGGUCGCACGAGCACUUUUGACGAACUACGUUCAGAACGCCCCGUUAAGGUCGCAACUCCCGAAAUGAUCGAAAAAAUGCAUAAAAGGGUGAUAGAGGACCGCAGAUUAAUGGUAAGUCAGAAAUCAAAGGCUACUAGGAUGUCAACUGAGCAUGUACGCAAUAUUUCACAUGAACAUUCGGGCACGGAGAAACAAAUUGAAGUUGGAAUUGUUCCCCCUUCCACCAUGUUCACCAAAUUUGGCCCCUAUCGACUAUCAUCUGUUCCCUAA